GGCUCUUCUCGCUCUCCAUUGCGUUUGCGCAGGGGCUCAAUUGUUUGAACAAUUGGGGUCAUCAAUUUUGGGAUCACAAGUGAAAACUUUUUGCAUCUGAUCACAAGUUAACACUACUAGCUGCCUGGUUUCCUCAUCUUUGUGGUUAGCUGGUUGGAGGAGACAGGUUUGCACUCGGUGAAAUCAUCUCAGUGUACAUCUGAUUACUGGCCCAUUGAUGUCUUUGUCAAUCUCUAUUAAGCCUCAUAUAAAUAAUAGGAUUGUCAGUAAAUAAUUGGAUUGUCAGAGAUUGUACUUCUCUCUCGUGGCUCUUUUCUUGCUCCAUUGCGCAGAGCUGAAAAAGAGUCUUGACAGUAAAGAAAAUGCCACAUAGAACUCGACCUAUGACUGCACUCUUGGUGUUUACUGGGCUGAAUAUUGUACUAGUUUCAACCAUUACUCCAGUCUAUGAUUUUGUCUGCUUCCUUCCAUACUGGGAAAGAAGGAGAGAACGACGUCGUCAGGAACGUGAAGCAAUUUUAUCAAAUCGUCCUGAAUCAAAAUAGAAUUAUUAGUGAGGUCAAACCUCUUGAGUUACAGGUUUUAAGCUUUUUUUUAAUAUUUAAUGUAGUUCUGCCAUAUGAUUUAUUGUAAGAUUUUAGUAAAUUAAGGAUAAGAAGGUAUACAAAGCUUUUGCA